AUGGGUGGUGGAGUACUACUAGGCAUGCCUGGACCAUGGGCUGAUGAUAAUCGCGAACCAUCUGAUUUUUAUACUUCCAAAAUUGGUGGACUCCCGGAUUGGCCUUUUCUUUCUGAGCACUUAGCUCCGAGUUUGCUUAUUUGUGGUGCUUGUGGAAGUAAAAUCUGUCUUAUUGCCCAGGUUUAUGCUCCAAUUUCUAAUGGAACUUUGAACAUUGAAGAUCGAACUGUUUUAGUGUUUGGUUGUAUAAUGCCAAAUUGUGGGAACACCCCUCUUAGUUGGCGAGCUCUUCGUGUUCAGAAAGUUGAUAUUGAAAGAGAAUCAUCUACAAGUACCGAAGACGUGGUCCCUUCAACUCCACCUGUUUCUGUUUCAAAAGCUAACUGGCUGGAUGAUGAUAGCGAUGAAGACUUUGAUCUUGAGGCUUUGGGUAAAGCGCUUUCUGAAGCUGGAACGUUGGCUUCUCACUCCAAGAAACAAGAUGUGAACCGACGAUCUGAGCCUGUUGUAAAGAAUUCCACUUUGGUGCCAAGGACAGGAGUAGACAUGGAAACGCCUGUGGUUCCGUGCUUUUAUAUGUAUACUCAAGAGCCAUCCUCGAAGGAUGUUGUUUCUUCCAUAUGUUCAAAUUACUCCGGACUUUCCAUUAAGGAGAAACAAAAUUGUGAUUACAAUGAUCAUGAAAUGGAAGUUGAGGGGGAACAAGAAGUGUAUGAAUAUGAUAAAGCUUUAAGUGCUGACAGGACAUACCUCAAGUUCAAGAAACAGUUGGAUGCAAACCCAGAUCAAUGCUUCAGGUACUUGUAUGGUGGAAAGCCACUUCUCCCUACAGCAGAGGUGGUAGACCCUGGCAAGUGCAAGUUGUGUGGUGGUUUCAGGCACUUUGAGAUGCAAUUGAUGCCCCAAUUAAUAUCUUUUCUAUUAGAUGGAGCUGAUGAUUGUCAAAAAAAUGUGCUAGAGAAUUGGAACUGGAUGACACUUGUGGUCUAUACUUGCUCCAAGAGUUGUUCUAACUCAUAUGAUCAAGAAAAAUCCACAACCAACGGCUGGAUUGUGGCAGAGGAAGCUGUUUUGGUACAAUUUGAGAAACCCUUGCACGAGUCGAUUCACCUUGGUUAUUUCUCAUGA